CGCAACGAUCAUUCUCCAUCGUGUUAUUAUCGUUUAAAGUGCUUGUGAAUAUUUAACAGUAAAUUUUUUUUUGCUACUCAAAAAAGAAAAGAAUAAAAUCAAGAAUUUAGCAACAAUUGUUUUUUGUUAUAUUUAUAAACAAAUAAUUUUAUUUACAAACAAGUCGAUGGUGUUAUAAAAUAAUUGGCAAAAAUGUUGGCUUCGUUAAAAAUUAAGGAAGAGCCUCUUGAUGAAAUCGAAGAUUUGCAGGAAAUCUUUAAGCAAGAAGAAGACGUUUUAAUGAAGCAACAAAUUAAUGAAGAAGCUGACCUGCUGCCUGCCAACUUGCCGGCAAAUAACUUUCACAUUGUUGAGGAACGGGAUAGCUUUAUUACCGUUAGUGCUGCCGACAUGAAGUCCGAGGAUGAAUUACAAUUCAUUGAUUCCAUAAAUAAUGCGGAUCCUCAAAAAUUUAAGGGUGUUUGUUCCAAAUGCUUAAAAUGCUUUACAAAUCGUUCUCAGUUUCUUAAGCAUACUAAACGCAAUCAUUGCAUUACCAAACAAAAGUGUCCGGUAUGUCCGGUAACCUUUAUAGAUGCUCCCUCUUUACUGAAUCACUUAAAUUUGCAUAGGGACAAUACAUUUUUUUGUUCUCUUCAUUGUGGAGCCAAUUUUGCCACACUACCUCUGUGUGAAGAUCAUGAGCUUAAGGAACAUAAAGUGCAAGCUACUCCCAAAAUUCGCUACAAACAUUUUUGUUCUUUUUGCCGUGAGGGCUUUAAGACCGAACUACAAUUACAUGUUCAUUGGCUGCAACAGAGUCAAGGCUGUGGCAAACUAAUGCAAGAUGUUGUUUUACAUUCCACUAAUGUUGCCAAUAACUAUAAUACCACCAACUGUAAGAAAUCAAAAAAUCUAACAUUAGACACACAAUUAUCCACAACCAACAACAAUACAAAUCCUGUAACCAUUAUACCCAUUACCAAACUAAGAUUAAAGUCACUAACACCAGCCGCUAAGCCAACAAAUACAGCUGCAACAAUUAAAAGACCUUUUGCUGACAAACAACCACAAUUAGAAGAUAAUGAGAUUGGUUUGAAAAAAUUAAAACUCAUAGAUGAAAUUAAAACAGAAGUGGAAUGUCAGGAAAUGCCUUUUAACUUCCAACCCGAUAUACCAAUAAAAGAAGAACCUUUAGAUGAAUAUGAAACCGAUAUAACGGCAAAUCUAAUACCAGAAGUAAUCAUCAAAACUGAGGAGGAAGAAGAAAAUCCUAAACAAAACCCACAAGCUUCCAAUGAUAAACCUAAAAUGCAGUCUUUAAUCAUAAACAAUAUCAUAGGACCCGAGUCCAGUGGUAAAUUUAUACCUUUGGAAAAUUUUGUCUCUUCGGAAAAUACCAAAAUAGAGGGUAAACCAGAAAUGAAAACCUUCACCAUAAACAAUUUACCAAAAGCCAAUGUUAAUGGUAAAAUGAUAAAUAUGAAUAACAACAAUUUGCCAGUUUUGAAAUUGAUCAAUAACAAUAAUAACAAUAUCAAUUUAAAUAAUAUUAACAAAACUCCAAUAAAAACUGAAGGCAACUUAAGGUUUGUGAAAAUAUUGCCAAAAACUUUAGCUACAGCAGGAGCAGUAAGUAAAACUCUAACCAACUUAAACUUAUCAAACUUAAAAAGUUAUUCAACCGGCAAAUUAAUGACUCUAAAAUUAGCCAAUGGUCAAAAUUUACUCCAUAAGGGUGAUAUUAAACCCUUACCCACAACAGGUUUACAAAUUAUAAAAUUUUUACCCAAUACCCAAUUCUUAAGCCUUAAAAAUAACAACAACAAUAAUAAACCUUUAUUAAAUACCAGCAACAAACCUCCUAUAGUAUUAAAACUAAAAACACCUCCCACACUAGUUGUAAACAAAAACACGGAUACAAAAGCAUGCAGUAUUCCCACUAACUCGCACAAUAACAGCAAACCCAACACUACCACUUCGCCGACUGUCUCCAUUAAACUCAACUCCCUCGAACAAAAUACCACCAUAGAUGCCGAAGACUUUAAGAAACUUCAAGCUGAGGCUCUCAUUAAGGCCGAGGAACAUCGUAAAAACUUGUAUAUACCCAAAAAUCGCCUUAUGAUUAUUGAAAAUAUACCCGAGAAAAAACAACUAAUUGAUAGCAUGAAACAGCAAAUCGCCGAGGUUCAAACUAAAACUACCGAACAGAUUCAGGGUAAACCGGCUGGAAAUUUUAUUUUAAAAUCUAAAGAUAGUGAUGAACCACGUUCUUUAUAUUUACCCAUACUUACCACACUGGAUGUGUCACUGGUAGAGGCACGCUAUCAGAAUCCGAAUUAUUGUUAUAAAUGGAUUUGCCCCUAUUGUUUAAAGGAUUAUGAAAUUAAGACUGCUCUCAAAGUGCACUUGAACCGGGCUCACAACCUGAAUAAUCGAGAUAUGGAAAAGAUCAAUGUGCAGGCCAAACCGUUUGUGUGUGAAGAACAACAACCCAUCGAAGAAGAUAUUAAACCACAAAUUAAGGAAGAAAUAAAAACAAAAAUUAAAAUUGAACCCAUACUAACUCAAGAUACCGAUUCACAAUCAUUCUCCAACUCUGAGUCAGAAUCCUUGAUAAUUGAUACAUCUUCCUCUCUGUCGAUAAAACCUCAAUCUCUAGCAACAAACAUAAAACUACCAAGACCUCGUUAUGUAUGUGAUAAAUGUGGUCGUACAUGUUCUUCAAAAACCAUGUUAAACGAUCAUAUUUUAGCCAAUUGUAGUCGUGAGCCACAGUACUCGUGUAAGGAAUGUAAUAAGAAAUUCUAUUCGCAUGGCACUCUACAAUGUCACAUGACAAUACACACCGGCGAGUUGCCGCACAAAUGUAAUUAUUGUGAGAAACGUUUUCGUACUCGAGGACAAGUAAAAGUUCAUCAUCGAACUCAUACCGGAGAGAGGCCAUUCUUUUGUCAGGUUUGCUCCCAACGUUUCACUCACCGUGAAACCUUGAUAGCUCAUUUAUCACGUCACAUUGGUAUGAAACGUUAUAAAUGCUAUGGCUGUGAUAAACAUUUCUCCUGUAUUAGUGCUUUAAAGACCCACCGAGAGAUACGCGCUGAUACCUGUGGCAAAGUUAAAUUUAAUCCACGUGCCAUUGGUCCUCGUGUUCGUGUUAUUCGAGGCAAUGUUAUAUUUGAACCACAGCCUGAAAUAAAUCCUUACCUAAAGUCUGAAGAUCCCAAAAGCGUGCUGUCUGAAUUACAAAAUCAGUCUGCAACUGCCGCACAAGAAACGUCUUCUUAAAUUAUUUUCUCUUUUUUUCGUUUAAUUAGUUUUUAAUGGAAUGUUUCAAAAUCCUUUUUAUUAGGUUUAAGUUUUUAAAUUGUGUACUCUUUUUUGCUAUGAAAUGCAGUUUAUUGGUAAGUUUAGUUUAACUCUAUUUUAUUAACGCCUACCCCACCCCCAUUUUUUUUCUGGAGUUGUUUGCUUUACGGAAUGAAUGAAAUUCAAUUUUCAUUGUUUAAUGAAAUUAAAUUUCAUAUAUUUUUAAAUUUAGAUAUUUAUCUUAAAUAUAACAUAAACAUGUAUGCCUGAGUUUGGUUUGUUAAAAAUUUGUAUAAAUAAAGAUAUAAAAUACUUUUAAAGAAA